AUGUCAUCAAGCAACAGCAGCAACAUUCAGGAAGUGCAAUUCAUCCUAAGAGGAUUUCCUGAACUGCAUGACUGGCAGUACUGGCUUUCAUUUCCCUUUUUGGUGGUGUUAGUUUUAACAUAUUUUGGUAAUCUGAUUAUUGUAGUAGUUAUAGUGAUGGAACGGAGUCUCCAUGAACCAAUGUACAUCUUCAUUUCCAUUUUAGCAGCAAUAGAUCUUGUCCCCGGUGUCUCCCUUCUGCCUAUUCUUCUAGCGGUGCUAUGGCUUGGUUCACAGUCCAUCCCUUUUGAUGCAUGUUUCAUUCAAAUGUUUGUAGUUUAUCUUCACACAGGCAUGGAAUCAUCAAUGUUAGUUGUGAUGGCAUAUGAUCGCUACAUUGCAGUGUGCAAACCACUUCAAUAUCCAUCUAUUGUAACAAGUGCAUUCAUAAUGAAGUUGAUCUUACUUAUCAUAUUACGAAGCCUCUGUAUUGUAAUACCUAUACCAAUAAUAGCCAGGACACUGAUAUACUGCAAUCAUCACAAUGUCUACAAUGUUUUUUGUGAAUAUUUUUCUGUCAUUAAUACUGCAUGCAACCAUACAGUUAUAAGUGAUAAUUAUUUAACUAUUGGUGUUUUUUUAGUUGCACCAUCUGAUACUAUAUUAAUAGCGCUGUCAUAUUACAUGAUUAUAAGUACUGCUUUAAGUCUGCAAUCAAAAGAGGCUCAGCAAAAAGUAUUUAGCACUUGUAGUCCUCAUCUGAUAGUUAUUUUAUUCUUUUACCUGUCAGGAACUCUAUCAGUAAUUAUAUUUAUUUUUGAAAAUAUGUUUCCACAAUACAUCCGCACCUUGUUUGCAGUCCUAUAUAUUACUGUUCCUCCAGCUUUAAACCCAAUAAUAUAUGGUUUGAAAAACAAAGAGAUCCGAUUGAUGAUAUCAAAAUGUUUUAGAAAGAUUUGA